CCACCAUUAUCAUGUCAGACCCCGCCGCCGCGCCCGCCGCCGAGGCCUCCACACCAACACCUACCCCCGCCUCCGUCCCCGGAUUUGAGAGCUGGCGCCGCUCCCUGGCCCACCUGACUGGCCUGGGGCUGUCAGACGACGAGCGCCUCCUCCGCGACAAGGAGGAGGAGCGCCGGCGCCUCGAGAAGGACUGGGACAAGUGCGAGCGCUGGAAGAAGGAGAUGAUGACGCGGAGCCCCAUCAUCGUCUUCAUGCUCAAACACCUCCAGCUCGCCGGCUGCCCGUUCCCCUCGAGCGCGAUGCAAUGCCACCCAUGCGACGCGUCGCGCGCCGGCGGCUUCUCGCCCGAGCACGGCAUCCUGCUGUGCCAAAACCGCUUCAUGAACCGGCGGCACAUGGAAGACACGCUCGCCCACGAGCUCCUGCACGCGUUCGACCACUGCCGCUUCCGCGUCGACUGGAUGAACCUGCGGCACCACGCGUGCACCGAGAUCCGCGCGGCGAACCUUUCCGGCGACUGCCGAUGGUCGCGCGAAGUCAAGCGCGGGUACUGGGCGUUCAGCGCACAGCACCAGGCGUGUGUGCGCCGCCGCGCCGUGCUUAGCGUUAUGGCGCACCCGAAGUGCCAGGGGAAGGAGGAUGCGGAGCGCGCCGUGGGCGAGGUCUGGGACUCGUGCUUUAGGGAUACGCGGCCGUUCGAUGAUAUUUACUAGACUACAUGAUGAAACUGCUGCAUUGGAG